AUGGACUUGGGCGUGCGGACUAGGUCUCAGAGGCUGUCUGCCGGCGGUUCCAGCGAGGGCCUCGCGGCGCUCUCCGCCGGCCUCGCACGGCGCCUCGCGGACGAGCACGCAAACAGCAACCUGAUCCUCCGCGUCCUCGGCGCGCGGUCCCGCGGAGAGCUCGACAAGUUCGUCGCGCGCGCAGCCGGGGACGCGCUGCGUGACCAGUCCCGCUCAGGCGGCCCGCGCGUGGCGUUCGCGUGCGGCGUCUGGAGUGACCUGUCGUGUCCGCUGAAGCCAGGCUUCUGCGAGGCCGUCGUCGCCGGCGCGUACGGGGCUGAGGCCUCCACCGUCAACUUCCACGGCGAUCUCAAGGGAGCAUGCCGGCUGAUCAACGCGUGGGCGGCGCGCGCUACGAAGGGCCUGGUCGACUCUGUUCUCGCCGAAGGCUCGGUAACCCGAGACGCCCGCGUCGUGCUCGGCAGUGCCCUGUACUUCAAGGGCAAGUGGGAGCAUCCCUUCGACAAGAGGAGCACGCAGGAGGGGCUCUUCCGCCGGCUAUGCGGCGCCAGCGCCGUCAACGUGCCCUACAUGCAGAGCUGGAAGAGGCAGUUCGUGUCCGUGCACGAUGGGUUCAAGGUGCUCAAGCUUCAGUACAAGAUGGCGGAAGCGCGCCGGAGCCAUGCCGGCAAGUCAAACAAUCGCCUUGGUGAUCCAAAAAGGCCGACACCAUACUCUCGGAGCUCCGACGGCCAGAACCGGCGUGGAUCCGAUGCGAACACUCCAGACAGCUUUUCUACUCCUACACGCUUCUCCAUGUGCAUCUUCCUCCCGGACGCCGACGAUGGCCUACUAAGCCUUCUGGACGCGAUCGCUUCAUUUCCGGGCUUCCUGCACAAGCACCUUCCUCAUAAGGAAGUCAAAGUCGGCGAGUUCAAGCUGCCAAGGUUCAAGCUGUCCUUCCACAGCAGUGUCGUCAACGCCCUCGACAAGUUGGGCCUCCGGUUGCCGUUCCAUGAAGCAGCCAACCUAUCCGAUAUGGCGGAGGACGACGACUCCGGCUUCCCACUGGCCGUGAGCGAUGUCAUCCACAAGGCAGUCAUCGAGGUGAACGAGGAAGGCACCAAGGCCGCUGCAGCCACCAUUAUUAGUAAUUUUCCAAAGAAGAUGCCAAUGCCGCUGCCGCCGGUUGAUUUCGUCGCUGACCAUCCAUUCGCCUUCUUCAUUGUGGAGGAGGAGACCAAAGCCGUCGCCUUUGCGGGGCACGUCCUCGACCCCUCUAGAGAGUAG